CUGCUGACUCCUAAACAAAACUGCCGCGUGCUGUCAGCACCUGCGGGUCUGGUGGUGCUGCUGCUGCUUUCUCCGCCGCUACUGUCCCUUGCGGGUCUCGCGCCGGGUUUUUCCGAGGGCUGAAAUAUGCCACCUACCAAGGACCCCUUCCAACUUCCCAACUAUGAAAGCGAAGACAUCUCCAGGGGCCAGUCCAGGAGUGGCCAGAAAAUUGCCUGUGCACUGCCCACCCAUUUGGGCCAACAUCAAGGCCCCUGGAAUCGACUGCAUGCCACACCUACCCUAGCAAGUACCAGGAGAGAAGUCUGGUACACAGAACCUGAGGUUUCUAGAGACAGCCUGGAUUUUAACCUCAGUUCCUUGUACAAUCACCAUAAAGACCUGCUUAAAGACAAGAGCAAGGUAGUUCUCCAUAAAGAGACCCUCUUUGAUGACCAUGGAACUUUGAAGGGUUUAGAGUUUGUAAAGGAACGCGCUGUGCCUCCAAUUCAGCCUCACACUUCGAAGGGCAUCUCUGUAAGACAUUGGGUCAAUCCAGUAAAAGAAUCAAUCGACAGCAUUGAGGGAGCAAUUGAGAGUCCGCACACUGCAGCCACCAACAGUGGAUACUCCCGCAAAGAGAACGGUGGGAUCUUCUAUCACUAAAGGUUUUGCAAGGCCAUCCUGCUUCUGUUCUUCAACCUGUAUUCAUUUUCAUCCGUGUUAAUUCUUUAGUCUCCUUUGCUUUUAGAUUCUUCUUUAAAGUCCCCAGCUUCACUGAUCUCUAGUAAGAUCACAACAAUUAAACACAAUCAUUCCCAUGCAUCUUCCCUGUUAUCUUUACAAAUGGAUGCUGUACCUCAAUAGUUGAAAGGACAAGCUAUGUAUUACCUAUCGGCUAAAUGCUAAACUUAUCAAGACUAAUAAAUCCAAAGAAUUAGUUAUGAAAGUGAGUGGUUGUGCUUCAAAAAAUACAUUUUGGAUUGAUUCA